AUGUCGAAUUUAUUUGAUUUCGAUCCUCGUGAAGACGACGAGGAAGAAAGUGAUUUUGAUCCAUUUGAAACUAGUAGUGACGACGAAGAAUAUUUACCAGAACCAGGUGAAAAUGAUGAAAGUAGUGAAUACGAGUCAGACGACGAUGUUGUAGAUAAUGAACCACAGCAACAUGAAACUACUUGUUCUGAACCGAAGGAGUUUGUGUUAUCGAAAGAUGGAAAAUAUUGUUAUUAUUUCGAGCCGCCGCCACAAUUGCCGAAUAGAUCUAAUGCUUCAUUUGCUUUACAUGAAACACCUGGUCCAACUUUGUUUGCGUCGUCACGAUGUACUGAUAUUUUGUCGUCGUUUCUAUUAUUCAUGGAACCAAUCGAAAAGACAAUAGUUGAAAUGACAAAUUUAUAUGGAUCUCGAAAAUACAAGGAACUUUGGUUACCAGUUGAUAUUGCUUCUUUGCGCGCCUAUUAUGGUUUGCUAAUAUUAGCUGGCGUGUACAGAUCGCAUGGGCAAUGUAUAAAUGAAUUGUGGGAUGACCAAACAGGACCACCAAUCUUCCGCGCCACAAUGACUUUGAAAAAAUUCAAACUAAUAAAUGAAUGCAUUCGUUUCGAUGACAAAGAACAGAGAAAGGGAAUUCGAUCAAGAGAUAAAUUGGCACCAAUACGAAACGUUUACGACAAAUGGGUGAAUCGAUUGAAAAUGUGUUACACUGUUGGAAAAAACGUUACAGAAGAUGAACAACUUGUACCAUUUCGCGGUCGCUGCCCAUUUACACAAUAUAUACCAUCAAAACCGCAUAAAUACGGUAUCAAAAUAUGGUGUUUGUCCGAUGCAAGUACAUAUUAUGCUUGGAAUCUUGAAGUAUAUACGGGUCGCGAUCGAAAUUGUAAAGCAGAAGUAAAUCAAGGCCAAAGAGUUGUUCUGACUCUAAGCAAUCAACUGAGUUGUCGUAACAUCACAACAGAUAAUUUUUUUACUUCACGGCAGUUGGCCCUAGAAUUGAAAAAGAAACAAAACAAGUUAAUUGGAACGAUCAGAAAAAAUCGAAAAGAAAUUCCACCAUUGUUGCUGCAAAUCAAAAACAAACCAGUAUAUCAUUCCGAAUUUGUGUUCGAUCUUGAUUUGCGCAGCACAAUGGUCUCUUACGUACCAAAAAAGAAUCGUUUUGUCACUAUAUUUAGUACACUUCAUGACCAGAAAAGUGUGGCUAACGACGAACAAAAAAAGCCGGAAAUUAUUCGAUUCUAUAAUGCGACGAAAGGUGGUGUUGAUUCUCUAGAUAAACUCGUAGGCACUUAUCGCUGCAAACGCAAGGUGAAUCGUUGGCCAUUAGCCCUUUUCUGUAACAUCCUUGAUACUUCAGCAUGCAACAGUUUCGUAAUAUUUAUUCAUCUCAACGCAGAUUGGAAAUAUAAGAAAAAAAAGUAUCGCCGUCGCUUGUACUUAGUGGAGCUCGGAAAGGAAUUAGUUACACCAUAUAUUGCGAACAGAAAAACUCGUCCUCGAACACCAAAUGCAAAUGCUGUUAUAGAUGAAAUUCAGAAUAUUUCAUCAAGAUCAUCAUCACCAACGACAUCAACAUCAGCAGCGCCAACAUCAGCGACAAACGCAUCGCGAAAAUCGAAUUUACCAAAUUCUCAAAAACUCACGCAUGCUCCGUCAGCAGGAAAACGAAGUCGUUGUGCACAUUGCGAAUAUAAAAACAACAAAAAUUUAUUCAGUAAUCGCUGUGAUAAGUGUAUAACUUAUGUUUGCAAUGCACAUCAUUUCAAACUAUGCACAAACUGCAUUGAUAAACUAUAA